AUGGCGAUCUUUGAGAAUCGAUGUCUUGUUUUACCAGAAUUGAUCGGAGUAAGGGGCUGCCAACGUCGACCUCUGCCCGCUGAGCAUACAGAAAGUUUUGAAUUUCAAUCCCACACAGACAGCGAUACAAAGUCAGUUCUUGAGACAUCAUUUGUGGUCAAUUUAAAAUCAAAACCCGAUGAAAUUGUAGAAAUAGCUUGUCGCGCUCGAAAUGGCGCAAAAACGCGAUUUCAGUACCGUUGGCACACAUCACAGUGUCGGUAUGGACAGAAGUUGAACUUUGGCGAAAAAGGUCAGCUCAAAAUUAUUACUCCAUUAAGAGGCGGGAAAUUAUUAGCAGUGUGGAAGGCACACAGCUACAUAGUCAAUACCCUCAAGGAAGCCGUUGAAAGAUUACGCAACCUGGAUCUGAGCACUCCGAACGACACUCAGCACUACGAAUACAUGAGCGAUGAGAAAGAAAAAUAUAGCCCAAUACACGUACUGGUCAUAAACUCGGCACCCCACAAGCCGGGAACGUCAGCCACACCAGUCAUGAGAAUCACGGGUAGCGGGGAGGACAAUGAGGUAGCAUCGCAACAAGUCAGCCCCCCGGUACUCUCAUCAGUGAGCAGUGCAAACACUGAUCAAAGGUUGUAUCGCUGUACACAAAUUCAUUGUAACGAGAGCUUCAAAUGCCUCGCUGAUCAUGAUGUCCACGAGAGAGGGCAUCCUCUGCAGCCUCCUCAAUAUUCUUGCACCAUUGAGGAGUAUCCCAGGAUAGGUUCCAAAGGAUUCUACAGCGAGGAUAAGUUGUCUGAUCACAUCAAGCGGGAACAUGGUAUGUCCCAGGAUCUGACUGAACGCAUUUCUAGAUGA